UGGAGAAAUUUUGACAGUGCUCUACAGUUAACCAAUAAGAAACGAUUUAAAGAUAUUUAGGAUUUAUUUCCGGAUCCUAAGUAGUUGGGGAUGGGAGCGAGGAAAUAAAAACACAAAGAUACAAGCGAAGACGUGUAGGAGAUCAAACCACACCUAUUCAAUACUGGUACUAGUGCGACCUGUUAAAGAGACUAAUAGAAAAUGGCUUCUGAAGUGGAAAUAGAUGAUUCUCUUUAUAGUCGUCAGCGGUAUGUUCUUGGAGACAGUGCAAUGAAGCGUAUGGCCACAUCAAAUGUACUUGUCUAUGGACUUGGAGGACUGGGUAUUGAGAUAGCUAAGAAUAUUGUUUUGGCUGGUGUAAAGUCUCUGACAAUACAAGAUAGGAACACGGCGACUGUUACUGAUCUUGGAACCCAGUUCUUUCUUCGUGAAAGUGAUGUCACAAGCAAAAAGAAUAGGGCCGAAUCUAGUGCUGGUAGGUUGGCCGAGCUGAAUCCAUAUGUUAGUAUUCAUACUCUGACCUACCCCCUGACAGAAGACACGGAUCUGUCUUACCUUGUCCAAUUUCAGUGUGUAAUUCUGUGUGAAUGCUCGCUGAAUGUCCAACUGAAGGUGAACAAGUACUGCAGACAACAAACACCACAAAUCAAGUUUAUAUCGUCCGAUGUGUUUGGCGUGUUCGGUAGUGUGUUCUGUGAUUUCGGUGAUGCCUUUGACGUGUUCGAUUCUACAGGAGAGGAGCCAAAAGAUGUUUUCAUUUCCAACAUCACAAAAGAGAACCCGGGCGUUGUGACGACAAUGGAUCGUAGAAUCCAUGGGUGUGAGUGUGGUGACACGGUCACAUUCAAAGAGGUGCGGGGUAUGACCGCUUUGAAUGGAAAACAGUUCAAAAUUAAGGUUUUAACACCAUUCAAAUUCAGUAUAUGUGAUACAAGUGGUCCCGAAUUUGGGCAGUAUGAAGCUGAAGGAAUUGUAACACAAAUAAAAGUCCCAACAGUAAUGAAAUUUGGUUGCCUAGAAAGCCAGCUGAAAGCACCAAGUCUUGCUAUUCCAGAUCUGUGCAAGUUUGAUGCUCCCAUCAAUAUUCAUCUUGGAAUCCUAGCACUGCACCAGUUCUGUGAGAGACAUAAAAGGAAACCCAAUGUAUGGUGUCCAAAUGAUGCUAGCGAGAUGCUCUUAAUAGCUAAGGACGUGAAUUCCCGGAUGGAAAAUAAGACUGACAGCAUUGACGAACUGCUGAUCAAGCAUUUAUCGUACACCAGUCAGGGAUGUCUUGCACCAUUAUGUGCUGCCAUUGGUGGGUUCGUGGCUCAGGAAGGACUGAAGGCAAUGACUGGCAAAUUCUCACCCCUCAAUCAGAUGCUCUACCUCGAUGCCACAGAAUUGCUUCCAACAAUGGAUGGAGCUGGCAAUGAGCAGUUUCAACCAAAAGGAGACCGCUAUGACAGUUUAAGGAUGUGUAUUGGUGAAGAAAAGCGGAGACGACUUGCUGAUAUCCACUUGUUUAUGGUAGGGUGUGGGGCUAUUGGCUGUGAGAUGCUCAAGAACUAUGCACUUCUUGGUAUUGGCUCAGGCAGUAAGGGCAAGAUCACCAUCACAGACAAUGAUAUCAUUGAGAAGUCCAACCUCAACAGACAGUUUCUGUUUCGACCGCAUCACAUCAGAAGACCAAAAUCCACCAUAGCUGCACAGUCAGUCAAAGAGAUCAACUCUGCUUUGAAAAUUGAAGCUCAUCAACAGAAAGUUGCCCCUCAGACUGAAGACUCGCACUACAAUGACGCAUUCUUUGAAAGUCAAGAUAUCAUUGUGAAUGCCCUCGACAAUCUGGAGGCUCGCAGAUACGUUGAUAGUCGAUGUGUCACAACGCAGAGGGCUCUUCUAGAGUCUGGUACCAUGGGAACCAAAGGUCACGUACAAGUCAUCGUGCCACACAUCACCGAGUCCUACAACAGCCAGAGAGACCCUGCUGACGAAGAAUUCCCUUACUGUACACUGAAGUCAUUUCCUGCCACUAUAGAACACUGUAUUCAGUGGGCGAGAGACAAGUUUGAGCAGAUGUUUGUACAAAAGCCGAAUCUUUACAACAAAUUUUGGUCGACAAACUCCAAUAUCCAAGCUGUGAUAGAGACUUUGAUCAAAGGAGGUCACCUGGAGAGUGCUGUGAAGGUGUGUAAACUAGCCGAGACUCGACCGGUUGACUGGGUCGGGUGUGUCACACAGGCACGAAUCAAGUUUGAGAAAUACUUCAACCACAAGGCAAAGCAGUUGUUACAUUGUUUCCCAUUAGAUACAACUAUUGAAGAUGGAAGUCCGUUUUGGCAGUCUCCGAAGCGAGCUCCAACACCGCUAGAGUUUAAGGCUGACGACUCUCUACACAUGUCGUUUAUAAGAAGUUCAGCUCGACUUUACGCAGAUAUAAGUGGGGUGUCAUGGAAACCGGAGUAUUUGCUGCCAGAAAACCUUAAACCUAUUUUAGACACCAUUUCAGUGCCAGCAUUUCGACCAUCAAACAAGAAAAUCGAGACGAAUGAAAGUGCACCUAGAGAGGAGGUAGUGGAGCCAAUGGUGAUCAGUGGCGAUGAACUGGAGCAGUCGGGUCACAAGUUGAAGGUCAUCUAUCAGUCAGCAUCUGCAGGUCAAGUGUUUAGCCAGAUGCUUCCUGUGGAGUUUGAGAAAGAUGACGAUACAAACGGCCACAUAGAUUUUAUUGCCGCAUCUGCAAACUUGAGAGCCCAGAUGUACAGUAUCGAGAAUGCCGACAGACUAAAAAUAAAACGCAUCGCUGGUCACAUAGUUCCUGCCAUUGCCACGACAACGGCAGCUAUAUCGGGUCUGGUGUCCCUGGAAAUCAUCAAAGUGAUAGACCACCUGCCAAUAGAGAAAUACAAGAACUGUUUUCUCAACCUAGCUCUUCCUCUUAUACUGUUGUCCGAGCCAGGUCCUGCUGAAAAAACUGUUAUUAGAGACGGCCUGUCUUUCACGAUGUGGGAUAACUGGGAAGUUAAAGGAAACAUUUCCUUCACACUCCAGCAGUUCCUAGCUCACUUCAAAGAGAAGUAUGGUUUUACAGCAACCUCUGUUGUGUGUGGUGUGAAAAUUGUAUACAUGCCAAUAAUGGCCCUGCAUGUACACAAGAAGAGACUGCCACAAACAAUGGUUAAACUGUUGAAACCAAGUCGAGGCCAGAAAUACGUUGAUCUUAUUGUAGCGUUUGAGGACGACGCCGGUAAUGAUAUACCUGGCCCACCAAUCAGAUAUUACUUCGGACUAUAAUUACAGCCAUUACAUAGUCUUAUGUUCAUGCUACUGGCCAGUUAUGAAAAGUCAUUCUUAACUUAUCUGUGGACACAGUUUAUUUUGUUUUGCAACAUCGUCCCUGUUUAAUCAGUUUAGAAAAUGUGUCAUGGUGUUUGGACAGAUAGGAAAAUAGUGUAAUUUGGUGGCUGUGAUAAUAACAUGGUUUUUAUAAUUUUCAUAAAAAGUUAAAGUAAAUCAAUGUAUGAAUGUUUAACUACAUCCCAAUAGAAAAAUAAACAACGGCCAUUGGGUAUUAAAAAGGUAAGUACAAUUGAAUCCCGUUGACUCGAACCCUGACAGUGCUUGAGAAAGUGUUCAACCGAACCAUUUAGUCAACAAUAUGUAAGUGUAACUCGGGACUUCGUUUUUGGUUCAAGUGUUGCGGUGUAUUCAAUCAACUCUUUUUGAGUUUGACCCAACAAGAUUCUACGGUAUGUGGAAAAGUUAAUCAGUAAAUAUUUACUGAACAACAAAAGAAAAGCGAAUACAAAAUAUAUUGUGAACUAAUCAAUAGUCUUGCACCUUAAUAGUCUCAUGUGACACAUGUUCAUCACGACUGGACUAUCAAAGGCCGUGGUAUGUGCUAUCCUGUCUGAGAUGGUGCAUAUAAAAUAUCCCUUACUACUAAUGGAAAAAUAUAGCGGGCUUCCUCUCUAAGACUAGAUGUCAAAAUUACCAAAUGUUUAACAUCCAUUAGCCGAUAAUUAAUAAAUCAAUGUGCUCUAGUGGUGUCGUUAAACAAAACAGAACAACUAACAAAAAAUUAGUUUCUAAAGCUCACGAGCAGAUGCGAACCAGUGAUGUCAGAUUUAUCAACAAAUACAAGAAAACCACUUUCUUGUCCUUCAGCAGAAUGUCGAAAAUGAAAAGUGAUUUAUGUAAUUUGUUUUUUCAUCAAUAAAAAAUCUUGUUUUCCCUAAUAACCAAAUACAAGGCUCACAUUGAUUAAUUUUGCUAGGUCGUUAGAAGUAUGUGUCUGGUGUUUUAGACUCAAAUUGAAGGUAACUUUCAUCGUUUAGCAGAAUGUAUUUCAUUUUAAAACAACAGCUAUGAUGUUAAGAGGUUGGUUUUAGGAAUGUAAAAUACUACCAAACAAAAUAAUUCUUAUCCAGUUUGAUAAUACAGUGUAUUUAUUUAGGUUACCGGCCUCGGUGGCGUCGUGGUUAGGCCAUCAGUCUACAGGCUGGUAGGUACUGGGUUCGGAUCCCAGUCGAGGCAUGGGACUUUUAAUCCAGAUACCGACUCCAAACCCUGAGUGAGUGC